AUGACGAGGCCCGUCCACCACCAGGAAGAGGGCUCAAAAGGGGGUAGCUCAUCGGUACGCCUUGAAGAGGCAUUAGCCGCUCAGCAGGCGCAGCUCCGGCUUGAAGUCCCAGGUUCGCCUGGAGAAUCAAACGGCCGAUCACAACAGCCCAUCCACCAUCAGGAAGAGGGCUCAAAAGGGGGUAGCUCAUCGGUACGCCUUGAAGAGGCAUUAGCCGCUCAGCAAGCGCAGCUCCGGCUUGAAGUCCCAGGUUCGCCUGGAGAUUCAAACGGCCGAUCACAACAGCCCAUUCACCAUCAGGAAGAGGGCUCAAAAGGGGGUAGCUCAUCGGUACGCCUUGAAGAGGCAUUAGCCGCUCAGCAGGCGCAGCUCCGGCUUGAAGUCCCAGGUUCGCCUGGAGAAUCAAACGGCCGAUCACAACAGCCCAUCCACCAUCAGGAAGAGGGCUCAAAAGGGGGUAGCUCAUCGGUACGCCUUGAAGAGGCAUUAGCCGCUCAGCAGGCGCAGCUCCGGCUUGAAGUCCCAGGUUCGCCUGGAGAAUCAAACGGCCGAUCACAACAGCCCAUCCACCAUCAGGAAGAGGGCUCAAAAGGGGGUAGCUCAUCGGUACGCCUUGAAGAGGCAUUAGCCGCUCAGCAGGCGCAGCUCCGGCUUGAAGUCCCAGGUUCGCCUGGAGAAUCAAACGGCCGAUCACAACAGCCCAUCCACCAUCAGGAAGAGGGCUCAAAAGGGGGUAGCUCAUCGGUACGCCUUGAAGAGGCAUUAGCCGCUCAGCAGGCGCAGCUCCGGCUUGAAGUCCCAGGUUCGCCUGGAGAAUCAAACGGCCGAUCACAACAGCCCAUCCACCAUCAGGAAGAGGGCUCAAAAGGGGGUAGCUCAUCGGUACGCCUUGAAGAGGCAUUAGCCGCUCAGCAAGCGCAGCUCCGGCUUGAAGUCCCAGGUUCGCCUGGAGAUUCAAACGGCCGAUCACAACAGCCCAUCCACCAUCAGGAAGAGGGCUCAAAAGGGGGUAGCUCAUCGGUACGCCUUGAAGAGGCAUUAGCCGCUCAGCAGGCGCAGCUCCGGCUUGAAGUCCCAGGUUCGCCUGGAGAAUCAAACGGCCGAUCACAACAGCCCAUCCACCAUCAGGAAGAGGGCUCAAAAGGGGGUAGCUCAUCGGUACGCCUUGAAGAGGCAUUAGCCGCUCAGCAGGCGCAGCUCCGGCUUGAAGUCCCAGGUUCGCCUGGAGAAUCAAACGGCCGAUCACAACAGCCCAUCCACCAUCAGGAAGAGGGCUCGCAAGCGGGCGGCUCAUCAGUACCCCUUGGAAAGGCCUUGGGCGCUCAGCAGGCUCAGCUCCGGCUCAAAGUCCCAGGCUCGCCGGGAGAAUCAAACGGCCGAUCACAACAGCCCAUCCACCAUAUGGAAGAGGGCGCGCAAGAGGGCGGCUCAUCAUACCCCUUGGAAAGGCCUUUGGCGCUCAGCAGGCUCAGCUGCAAGGCUCGCCGGGAGAAUCAAACGGCCGAUCACAACAGCUCGUCCACCAUCAGGACGAGGGCUCGCAAGGGGGCGGCUCAUCAGUGCCCCUUGGAGAGGCCUUGGAGCCGGGACUUCAAGCCCGCCCGGGCUCCUUCGAGCCGGAACUGA